AUGGGAUUUCUCCAACGUAUCGCCAUAACAUACGCUUUUCUGUUGAUUCAAAUCGGAUUAUUGGUCUAUUACUUGGUAAGUCAUCUAAAACAAUAUAAUUUUUUAUGAAUUUUAAAAUUUUUUCAUUCAAAUUUCUAUUUUAUUGAUUGUAAAAUACGACAUCUGUCCAGUUCAAACAUUUUUUCGGCAAUCAGCAACUUUUUACAACCAUUACAUUUUCAUAUUACACUAUGCCAAAAAUGGCGGGAAAUUUGAAAUUCGAAUCCAAAAUUUGCUAAAAAUGAGUUUUCUCCAGGACGAUGGCCUCAGAAGUGAGCCGCUAAUGGUGUUUACGGUCGCAUGGCUGUUCGAUUCGCUGGUUAUAUUCACCUUGUUGGUCAGAUGCAUGCGAAGAUACAACGUUUGCGGGCUUCACGAGGGAAUUGAUGAGUUGAGAGAGAACGAAACUGGCUUAAAAUCGACUAUUUAUGAUUGCUGUAAGUUUUUAGCAAAAUUCCAAAAAAAAAAAUUUUUUUUUUUGAAAAAAUUUUAAAAUUUCAAUUUUUUCCCAAUUUCAGCCGCGUUUAUUGCCAAAUUGGUGUUCGAAAUCCUGCUCUACAUUCAACUCAAGUCCAAGGAGCACAGUAUUUUGACGAUUCUCAUUCCUUUCUGGACAUUUUUGGUAUUGGCCAUUGGUCGGCUACUACAACAUGUGGUAAAACAACACUCAAAGGUCUCAUAA